UCUGAAGGAAUCCUCUGACGGGUUUACGUCCAAAUGAGCUGACGGCGAGUAACGGGGCGGUGCUGCUGCUGAAGACACACAGAGACCGGGUGAGGGACACGUGUGAAAUCAUCUUCUGCGGACACACCGUCUCCUACAUCAUGUGGAUGAAGCUAGUUUAUCAGUCACAAACCGUAGGCUAAUUACCGGACGAAACCGGAAACGAUUACGCGAUUGGCAUCUGUACUAUAAACAUCACAGUGCUACAGUCGCAUCUGUGGGAAAGGAGAGCCUUGAUUUGAUUUCUCUUGUUUAUGUAUUCAGACUGCAGCUCUAGUCUGCUCUGUGAUAUAAAGGUAGGUGCUGAUCCGGGGUUUUAACAUCUGCGCGCGGUUAUCUGUUAGCAAACACAUCUCUCCAGAUAAAGGAGCAGAGGAAUGCGGAGCCAUUUGUUCCCCAGAGCUUCGAGAGAACAGCCUAGUUUGUUUAAAACCCGAAUAUAAAAGCCUGCUUUGUUAGGAGACGUGACUGCUGCGGUGAAAGCCCGGUCUGCUGAAUACAAUAAUAGGACAGCAUCAUGCUUCUGUCUUAGUCUAGCCUAGGCUAUAUCAGAUAUAUGCGUUUCAAUGUCUAGGCUGCUCCAGCUGUGUGGAGGAAACAUGGACCGCUAUGAGGAUUUCUGCGCACGCAUUCUGUCUGAGCUGCGGUCGGAGAUGAUGCACGAGAGGAGCUGCAGUAGCGCGCGUGCUCGAGAGGGCGCGCACUCUCGCAUCUGCUUCAACGGCAGGCCGCUGUUGUCUCCGGUUCUAAGUGAGAAACAACGAAGGGAGAUGGUUGAAUACAAGAAAAGAGCUUCACAAAUGGAGGCCGAGAGACAGAUUCAUUACAACAAAAACCUCCUCAAUCAGAUUCAGACCAUUCUUUGGACCAAUGAGGCACCACAAAUAUUGGACGUGCCAAAGCCUUCAGAGCAGUGCCCUUCUCCCUCUCCGAAAACAGACUCCAGGAAUGGUUUUACAGUAGCUGAUACUGCAGACAUUUCACCGGCUGGAGCCACAGAGCCGUACAUUUGGUCUAAUGAGCCACCGGUGACCCCUUCAGCUGAGCUGCAUGGAGUGAUGAGAAGAAAAUCCACAGAAGAAAAACACAUGCAAGAGGACAUUCAGACGGAAGGAGUUUGCCUGCAGAACCUACUCAAGAAAUCACGCGAAUUCAUGGAAAAGGAGCAAGGUAAACAGGGGUCAAAGGUCAUCAGCAACACAAUGGUUGAUCCGAGCAGGAUCCUCUCUGAAAGCCCGCCAGUUAAAGAAAACAGCUGUUCUUUGGAUGAGAGUGCCUUUGGGUUACCCUUUUAUAUUCCCUCUCCAAACCAAACCUCUCCCAGUAACCUGAUAAGCCCAGAACCCGGUCUAAAGCGCGGUUUAAUAGCCAGACCCCACCGCGGACGUCCUCGUCCGAUUUCUGCCGGGAGCAUCUUCUUUUCUUUGGUUGAAAACCCCAACCAACCGAACAUGACAGCGAAUGCAAGGCCACUGGAAGUCAAAACAACUGCAACACAGGACAGGAAGCUACUCGGGGUGGAAAAUGUAUGUAUGGGUCGAUAUGAUGAUCACUCGACCCUGGGACGCCCGGAAACGUCUCCAGUGGAUCCUGAGCUCACAAGCCCUCUGUUUCGAAGGAGAUGCCACACGCUGGAUAGCCACCUGUCCUCACGCCAUCAGAGUCCCGUCAUAGACCGGAGCCAGGAGAGAAUGCCUCGGUUUAUGGCCGGGGUCACCGCGAGAACGCCCACUCGACUGUCUCCUCCCUCACCCAUGAACAAGACUUUCACACGGGACGGUCCUGUAGCAGCAUUUAUGGGGUCUGGGAUCACCCCAGACUCUCCUUCUCAUGCCAAACUACCUUUUGAGAUGGAGAGAAACAGUGUUAUUAGCACUGCGCUGAAAGAAAGGAGAACAGAUGAGAUGCAAUGGCAAGUCCACGCUCUAGAAGACAUGCAGAGGACUCUGGAGGACGAUUAUUCUUUCCGGAUGUCCUGUCUGAUGGAGGAACAAGAGCGAGAACAACUGCACCUCAGUCAGGAGUCAGAGGAGCGGGUCAGGAGACUGAGGGCUCAGGGUGGUCUGAGUCCUGUAGCCGGUGAGGACGGGUGUGAACGUUACCCGUUACUGAGUCCUUUAAGCCCAGGAGACAGAUCGCCAAGACACUCUGUGCCAACCAUUGGUUUCCCUUCAGGGGAUGUGUUAUCCCCUUCGAAACAGACUCCCAUGUAUAUGAGAAUCCUGAAUCACAGCGCCGGCAAGAGAAACAGACUGAGCCAGGUUGUGACAGCGGAGCAGCAGAGGGCACUGUGUCACCUCACUGCAGCCGUGAAGGGCUUCCUCAUCAGACGACUGCUGAAAACGGAGAAAGUCAAGCACCUGCGGCAAACCGUGCAGGACACGCAAGAGUUUAUCCGUUCGUUCAGCACUGAUGCUCCUCAGAGAAGCGUCUCUCUGUCCGAGCAGGAUCUGUGUCUGCGGGAGCGCGUCAGAGCGCAGUUACGCGCGGCCUUGUUUGACAUUCAUGAUAUCUUCUUCACGAUGACACUGGAGGAGCGUCUGUGUCUGCUGCAGCAAGACCGAGAGCUGCGCUCCGAGCGGAAGCUCAGAGAGAUGGAAAAAGCUAAAAGUCCCAAGGACAAGGUGGUUUUGUCGGCUGCUACCCAGAAAUCUCUUGAAAGAAAGAAAAGAGUUGGGGAAUCUCCAGGUCAGCCCAGAAGAGCUCAGAAGACCAAGAGUCCUCCUACAAAUAGCAGUGUUCCUGAGUCUGUGUGUUGUGUUGAAGGAUCCUGCAGCCCAGUCAGGGCCAGAACGCUCCUGUUUCAGGCCAGCCGCUCCUGCGCCGUGGGAGUUACAAGAAGACCCCAGAAGAGAGAGUGCAGCAUUCUGAGAGGCUGAAGAAACAGCAUUCACUGGGCUGACCUCAUAUACACUUAUCAACUCAACGUGAAAAAAUGAUAUUGUGCUAAUCAUGCUUCUAAAAAUACUCCCCUGCUAGCCAUCUCACUGAAUUAUGACUAUUAAAUGUCAUUGCUAUCUAGUUCUUCCCAUGAUUCUACUAUACUGCUUAUGAAUAUAGAAUCAGUCCAGAUAUUAUUUAGCUAUAGUUUCCUAUAGGUUACAUAACUAAUUAUAAUCCACAUAGUAGUACUAAAUUACCUUUUUUAAAAAAUUCCGUAAAGGUGGGAUUGUCCAAAUAACAGAAGCCUGCAUUCACACAGAGAAAAGUUCAAAGGGUAGUUCACCCAAAACUGAAAAUUCUGUCAUUAAUUACUCGCCCUCAUGUCGUUCCAAACCCGUAUGACCUUUUGUUCGCGACAUUAUUCAACAAUUCGUCUCCUUUGCAUCACCCUAUAGCGCCAUUUUGGAAAGUAUCACUGCACGUAUUCAACGUAUGUACGCAGAUACACUGUUUACAUUCAAAUAAAAGUGUAAAUAACAUAUCCGCGUACAUACGUUGCAUUUGUUGUUUGCGUUCAUUUUUGGGUGAACUGUCCCUUUAAUGCUGCCGUGUCAAUGUCAGAUAGUAGAAUAUGAAUACGUGUCUAUGAAGAGUACACACAUUUCUCCAGAAUUAACCCUUGUGCAUCCUUGAGGACAUUUUUGGCUUUUUCAGUUUUGUUUUUUUGAUAACUUUGCCUGUGUUAAUGCUAACUGCAUAAAAUUUUCCACAGGUGUGUAUAUUUAUUGGAAUUUUAAUAUUUCACCUUCAUUUCCUUUAAAAAAUCUAUUUUCUACUAGGUACACAAAAUACUUCCCCUCAGGACCUUUUGGACAAAAAUGUCCCCAUUGAAACCCAUUAAAACUGCAAUUUUUAAUCCCGGUGACAUUCAACUAUAAAAUGAUGCAAUCUUUGUCAACAGGCUUUCAUUCUGUUGGCAAGGCUUCAAAAUUUACAUUUUUACUAUAUUUUACCAGAUGGUGCCAUUUUUUCAGUUUUGGCAUAUAAAGCAAAUUAUCGCUUUAUUGUUGUUUUCUGCUGUUUUCGGAUUAUGCAUAUUAUAGAGCCAAUUAGAUAUAUUAUGAAGCUAUAAUUGUGUGGGCCUGUUGGUUAUGGAUGUCAGAGUGUGGUUUGUGUGUACUGAAAAUCUUAUGUGUGUGUGUGUGAACAGUUUGAAUGAAAAAAAUAUAUAUUGUACUGGAAAUCACAAAUCCCACCCCAUGUAAAUUAGUCAUACAGUUACAGACCCUGUCAUGUGGAAACUGAAUGCAAGGUGAAGGUGAAAAAGUUACUGAGCUUUGAAGAUUUUUUUCAGUCAAACACAUUUCUUAUUACUUGUUUGCACUUUUUCAUUUGUUAUUGUUUUUGUUCAAAGAAAAAAUGUGAGCUUGAUUUUGAUGUAGUAGUUCAGAAGCCCCUCAAAACCUUGUUUUUGUUUUCACCUCGAGAAAAUGGCGGUUGUUUUGUCUGGUAGAUUUUGGUUGAGACGGGUGCUUUCACAGCCAAACCUAUAAAUAUCAGUGGCUUGAGUGCCUUGUCAUUUCAUAGUUUGCAAGAUGAAGAGAGGUUUCACAGCAAGGGAAGCUCUGGAUCUAGUUGUGGCCACCAACAGUGAGCACCCAGCUACACGUGUAAGUGAGGAUGAAUAAUUGACUUCAGAGGAUGAAGUCAAGUUUGCAUUAGAGUCUGAUUCUGAUAUCUCUUGUUCCUCUGAUGACAACACUGAGAGUGAGGACACAGAAGAGACUGCAGAUCUUCAGUGGAAUUCAAAAAAUGGGCAGAUUCUCUGGUCUUCCACUCACACUUAGACGCUGCGCUACAAUCCUGCCAAGGGUAUGACCCCGGGUCCCACACACUAUGCAACUGCCCGCAUCACAACUUUGCAGUCCUGCUUCGACCUCUUCAUCAUCGAAGAAAUCAUUCAGCUUCUUCUGGAGAACACUAAUUUACACGGGAUGCGUUUUGUGAUGGAUUGGAUUGAUUUCGAUUCCACUGACAUUCAGGCAUACAUCGGGCUGCUGAUUCUGGCCGGCGUGUACAAGUUCCAAAAUGAAUCAACAAGAAGCCUGUGGGAUGUGGAAAAUGGACGUUCCAUUUUGCGAGCCACCAUGUCCCACUAUAAAUUCAAGCUCCUGAGCCCCACCCUGAGGUUCGAUUUCAAAGGCCGAUGCAGAUUUCGCCAGUACAUGCUCAGCAAGCCUGCCAAGUAUGGCAUAAAAAUUUGGGUCACCUGUGAUGUCACCACAUCCUAUGCAUGGAAGUUGCAAAUUUACACGGGGAAGUCUCCUUGAAGUCCUGCGGAGGUGAACCAAGGAAAAAGGGUCAUUCUGGAAAUGACGGAGGGGCUCCAGGGGAACACUGUGACCUGUGACGAUUUUUUCACCUCCUAUGGACUGGCGGAGGAGCUUCUAAAGAGGAAGAUCGCCCUAGUUGGCACAAUUCGCAGGAACAAGCCAGAGCUUCCCCCAAAGCUGCUGCAAAUAAAGCAUAGAGCACUUCUGUCCUCCCUCUUUGCUUUUACUAAGACGCACACAGCUGUGUCUUACAUACCCACGUUUUUGUCCUUUUGGACCUGAGUGGUAGUUUUUAUUUUAAAUCUGAUACUACAUAAAAAUAUGAAAGCAUAAAAAUGAAUGUCGUAGUUAACCAUUUACAUAUCCAAGGAUGUAAUAUUUAAAGAAAAAAAAAACUGCUUAGCAUUUAGUAUAUGGAAAUGUUUUAUUAUUAUUAUAUUUUUUAUAAAAAUCAACAGUGGCAUUAUGUAAAGAAACCGACGUUUAAGGUGUUAAAUUUCUGAAAAUUAAUGAACGUUUGGUUAUUAUGAUUAGAACUGAUGCUGGAAAAAAAUCUAAGUCAGUGAAAAUGGAAAAAAAUAUUAAUCUAUAAUAUUUUUAUGACACUUUUUUGAAAAGGACAUUUUUGUCCUUUAUGGGCCUGAGUGGUAGUUUUAUUUUUAAGCUGACACUGCAAAAAUAAUAUAAAUGCAUCCAAAUUAAUCUUGUUGUUAAUCAUUGACAUAUCCAAGGCUGUAAUAAUCAAAGAAAAAAUAAUCUGCUUAGCAUUUAGUAUAUGGAAAUGUUUUAUUAUUAUUAUAUUUUUUAUAAAAAUCAACAGUGGCAUUAUGUAAAUAAACCAGCAUUUAAAGGGUUAAAAUCCUGAAAAUUAAUGAAUGUUUGGCUAUUAUGAUUAGAGCUUAUUCUGGUUAAAAAAAUGGCGUCAGUGAAAGUGGAAAAAAAUAUUAAUCUAUAAUAUUUUUAUGACACUUUUUGGACAUGGACAUUUUUGUCCCCUAUGAACCUAUGUGUAACUUUUUUUAAUUGAUGCACAAGGGUUAAAUGAAUGUAUUUGAUCAACUAGCGCUGAAUUUGUGCUUUUAAUCUUAAUACUUUACUUAGAACUACAAUCCUGUCAGUUGUUUAUGAAUGUAUUUGCUCUUGCCUUGUAUAUUUAAGAAGCACUCGACACAUUUGCGUUAAAUAAAACAAUGGAAUGUUUAAUAAACAAGUUUAUUUAAUAAAAA